UCAUCGAAGCCACAAUGGGCGAUUGUUGUGAAUCAUAUUACUCCACACAUCAGCAUUUCCACACCGAAGAAGAUCUGCUCUCAGCUAGAGAAUUUGAAAAAAAACUUGUUGACGACCUUGCCUCUGCGGAGGUAUGUCGAGGGGCGACGGGAUCAUCUCAAGGCGUUGGUGCUUCUCUUUAUCUGGAAGGGGGCGGAAGUUUGUGGUUUCGCGUGUUCUCCGGCUGAUGGGAUUAGAGGCAGGCUGACCAUGUCUUCCCCUGUGUCGUCUUGUUUGUCUUUUCUUGUUCUAUUCUCCGUCUCUCUCUACCAUACUGUUCUUGAUUCUAUUAUCAUGUCUGUUUUUUUCUCCUCUAGUUUUGUGUGUAUGAAACUUCUGCUUCCUCUGCCUUCUUCUCACGGUUCAUCUCUCAACUCUUCAUCUCUCUGGUUCCGCGGGUACUCGUUGCGCGCGGAAUCAAUUGACCCCCGGGCUAGUAUCAAUUUUGUCGACUGCUGUUCUUUUCUCUUUUUGAGUUCCAUAGUACUACAGGUCCUCGGAGCAAUACAUGAGGUCCGGCCUGUUUUAGUACAGUAUUCCUCAAUACUUCAGCGCCGCGCUACUGUUUAUUGCUGGUUACUACUACAACUACUCGGGCUGUGACUGUUGUGUCGAUAUUGCUUUUCUCCCUUCUGCUCCACUCCACCUCUUUGAGCGCGCAUUAUCACUCGAUAGUUUGGCUUGUACAUUUCGAUAUUGGCAAAUUAACCACCUACCGUCACCCA